GCUAGAGGUUAAUAUUCAUAGUCUUGACAUUUAAACAUUUUAAACUAGUGCUUUGAAAACAAAAUAUUACAUUUUUUUUAUUCCAACCUUCUUAAAUAAUUCUGCCAUCUCCAAAUCUGGCCACAUUAGCCUCUGACAUGAUUUAAAAAUCAUAAUUAGACUUUCAAUCAUUACUCUGACGUGUAUCUAUUUUGGAACAAUAAAAAUGUAAAUUAUAUCGUGUAAUUAUCAGAUAACUUGAAAAACAUAUUAUGUUUUGGAGAAAAAACAAGCUAGCAGUGUCGCUUUGCCCAAAGGAGGGCAGUGGCGCAGUCCCACCGGGAUUCAAUCCAAAUUAAAAACAUUCCAAGACUGAAACUAUACAAAAUUCAAAAUGACUUUGCUGGAUAGAAUACCGGAUAGCACAUGGUUUUUCUGUUUUCCCAUGUCAUUGGCUGUUUUCUGCAUAACAGUGCUAGGUAUCAUCCACCCGUUCCUGUGGAUCAAGGUGAUGAAGGUGUACCGUAGCGAGCUGUUCGUGUUCAUGUACGUUCUCAUCGUGUUCUGGGCCGUGCUUAGCGUGGCGCUGCUCUACGCCAUAUAUGCGGAGUCUCACUGCAUCUACGCGUUCUGGAUCUGGUACACGAUGGUGUUCGGCGUGGUGAUGGCGGGCUUGAUGUUCCUCCUGUUCUGUGGGUUCUGCGUGCUGGCCAUGCGCCGCAAGUCCAUCGUGGCGUUGCUGGCCUGUAUCUAUUAUUUAGUGACCCUCUACUUUGUGGUAGUAGUGAACAAGCAGAGGAAGGAGGUGUUCGGGCUGGCGGCGACGUGUGGCUCGUGUGCCAUCAAACACGUGUUCCCUAACGCAGAAGUAGAACAGACACACGACAAACACACGCCCAUGUCGACCACGGUGUAUACAAUGCAUCCUACGAUGAGGACCGACAAUUACGUGCAUGAAACAACGACAACACCCACGACACUGACGACCACUGUCACGACAACUACUUUGACAACCACGACGAGUGCAGAAGCAAGGAGGGAGAUGAGUCCAGCGAUGGCCGCGCUUUUGGCUGGAGGGGGGGAUGACGAAGAUAACGAGAGCUCACACACGGAUCGUCCGCCGCGGAUAUGGACGGAGGGGAUCCGUCCGGAGCCAGAGCAGGUCUGGACCACAGAUACCCCGAGCGACCGAGUUGAGGCUAUCGCCAGGUUAUCAGAACUACUGAUCAAUAGCAACGAGUGCCGCAAGCCUCGCAAGCCAGCGCACGGGCGCUUCCAGUCCAGCGGACGGCGCAGCGCCAUGCUGAAGCUCACGCUGCACUGCGACCCUGGCUACAGGGAGAGCUCUGUCGCCACACAGUGCAAGUACAACUGGUGGGACCGCCCCAUCCCGCAGUGUAGAAAGCGUAAGCCCCCCGGCCCACUCCCCCUCCCCGGCGGCGGCUGCCUCCUGCCCGGCUACCCGGCGCACGGCGAGUACCGCGUGGCCGACCACGCGCGCGCGCGGCCGGGCGACCGCGUGGCCGGCGACAACGUCGUGCUGCUGGUGACGUGUGACGAGCCUUACCGCGCCGUGGACCCUUAUGUGAUCUGUGUCGAGGGGCGGUGGAGGCAUGGCCCGCCAAGCUGUCUAAAGCACUGUAAGCUGGUCUUCGACCCGACCGUCGACUACCGGUGCCUGAAAGCGUUCAAGGACGAGUUCCUGGCGUGCAGCACCUGGCAGCCGGACGGCGCCGUGGUGGCGGCCGCGUGCCGGCCCGGGCACGCGCACCGCGGGCCCUUCCGCUACAUGCGGUGCCGCGGCAACGACUGGGACCAUGUCGUGUCGUGUGUUCCUAACGCUAACUUCACCAGCAGUUAACACGUGUAUCACCGGGAGCCCUUCCUCUGCAUGCGGUGCCGCGGCGACGCCUGGGACCUGGGACCACGUCGUGUCGUGUGUGCCCAACGCUAACUUCACCACUAGUUAACAAAUGCAUUGGUGAUCGUGGGACUAGCGUGGGAUUAAAGCUCUCUUUUUGUAUGACACUUUCUGCAGGAGGAGAAAGGAAUAAGUUGUGCAAAAUGUGUCAUGUGAAGAUGAGCCAGCCCUUUUAUGUGUUUUGCGAUUGUUUUUUAGCGUGAGUCCUGUAAAAAAAUCAUUAUUAAAAUGUAACGUUUUUA